GCCACUAACGCCAAAGCAUAACGUUACAGUAGAUAUUGUAAAGCUGAUGUUUACAACAAAAUUGUUUGUAUUUCCUGCCACGAGAGUUUGACAAUGGUUAUCAUGCUGUUGACAAACGUCGCCUAUACUGACGUCACAACAAACAUGCCCAUAUUUGGACCGGUUGUACUGCAUAUUCAUACCAGUACGUCAUUGUGCGUUUUUGUAUUUGAUACCGUGGACUGUUUCAAAAAAAUUAAGGGGUGUCACUAGGUCACAGUCACUAGGACACACUUUAUUUACAGUAUAUUUCGCUAUUGUUAGAACUAUUUUGUAUUCAUUAUCUGCUAUAUAUUUGUAUGAUAACUCUUUUUAGUCUUAUUGUUUUCUUCAUUGUUUCAGAUUAAAGUACACAUCUUAUGCGGUCGCCCCUUUCCACCCCCCAAGUUUUCUUUUCUUUCUUGGAACAGUCCAGGUUGGUCCUGUGUAACUGUGAGGAUGUGUGGGCGGACUGUUGUGGACGCACGCUCAAAUAUUUACAAAUUUCUACCGCGAUUCGUCACGAAGGCGACAUCCACUUCGACCGGCACGUUUUCACUAAAGUGACGGAAGCGAUCUGACGGCGUCAUCGCCUGGGAAUUCACCGGAACGCCCGUUUUUAGCGGAGUCAGCAAGCACCGAGCCCAGGACAAGGCUACAUGCGACCCAACACGGCCACUUCCGCAGACGGAACAGACCUCUUCCUGCCUGCUUCUCUCUCAGGACAACCCGGCACGAUUUCUUCGUCUCGCGACUUCAAAUCAGCGUGGAAAAGCAGUUUGUACAAGGUUUAUACUCUGUUAUUGUUGGGGUCAGUUCGUGUUUGUACCACAGACGAGGAUUUUAGCCCCAGCAGUGAUCAGGUAGAUUGUCGCGUGUUUAGGUUACCGUUCAGCUGCUCUUACCUCGGCGGCACGGUGUGACGGAGGCGACCGAGAAACUUUCCCCAGCGAAACUGGCGCAGAGGAGACCCAGAGUGCCCUCGAUGGCGAACAUCCAGGGGUUACCCGACCUUCCGAAGAGCCUGAGCGGGCUGUUGAACACCCACACGGCGAACUCGUGGAGAGACCUAGAGCGACUGUACACGAAACAGUCCAUGAUUCAGGACGAUUUGUCCCGGUCCCAGACGCACCACAUGGCCCUGUUCAACGGCAGUAACGGGUCCAACGGCGCCAACGGACAUGACCAUCCCGUCCCCGGGGCCAGGAGACGGCCCAAGCUGGGACUAGAGGCUUCUAUAGCUCUCCUCAGGAGAGAAAUGGACUACUUGUUAAAAAGUGAAAAGUACAACAUGUGUGCUGUCAGCCUUUCUGUCAAUCUGGUCUCACCCUUGAGGAUGACAUAUUCAAAAAUUGGCCUGCGACAGAUGGACGUUUCGCUGUUGUGUAAACUGUGGUCGCUGUACGAAGGCAUCCAGGAGGUGAAACAGUCCAUCGGAGAACCCACCUCGGAGAGCGGCUCCUUCAGCAUGGACUCAAGACUGUACGACCACACCAUCCACGAGGACAGCAGAGAGGAGGAUGACGAAGAUGAAGAAGAGGAAGAUGAAACAGAAGUCUUUGAAUCGGACAUUGACCAUAUCAAGGACAACAUCAAGAACGACAUGAAAGACGAGGACGAUUUCUUGGGAGACUUUAUGUCAUCGCGAAGUGUAGUUUCUCCUGGGCUGGGUAUCAGAUGGAGUGACAUCUACAGCCAGUUGAACGGAUCCAAUCAUGUGUAGUGGACAGCUGGGCUAUACUUGUUCAUCUUUACUAGCACCAGACAUGUAUAAAAGAUGAUUGUGACUGUGUUGAAUAAGAGAACGCAUCUCAGUGUCUUCCACGUAGAGUACCGGUAUUUUGUCUAAUGGUCAUGACUGUAAAUAUGGAGAAGCACAGUUGCAACUGGAAACCCUCGUAAGCCAGGGCAGGGCAGGCCCCAAGCGUUAAACUGUGUGUCUAGUUAAGGAUUUGUAUCAAAAGUUCUGUUAUGAUAAGCCAGUACAUUGUAUGUUAAGUCUGUUUUAUAGAAAUAUCUGCUUUAAAGCAUAUUUAUGUAGAGGGUUAUGUACAUUGUAGUUGCCUGAUGGAGCUCAUGAGUAGAAGGUAGUUGUCAACAUUUACAAGGUUGCAGAGUUAGCUAGAAUCUUUUUAUCUGCCAUCUUUUAUACAUACUGCUAUAAAUACAACUAUAUAUACUAUGUCUUCCAGACAGAACAUUUUAAGAUUUGUGUUAAGAUAAGAUUAUGCCUCCUUGAUGGUCUUUAAAGGCGCUUAAGGAUGGGAAAAAGGCUUCUGGUAGUCUUGUAUAAAUGUUAUAGAUUUUGUAUCAUGCAGACCACUCUGUUGUAUUAACAAGAAUAAUAACAAUGUUGCAGGUGUACAAGUACUAGGUGCUUUGUACAUGUAUUGUUGCCUGUGUGCAGAAAUAUUCUAAAAAUGGUGCGUAUUUUGUACUUUUUUCUAUCAGGUCCUAUACUGAAGACAGUGUAGUGGUAGAGGAUAGGUUGUAAGGUAUAAAUGAUGCGACAUAUCUAACAGUUGCCACACAGUUUGUAUCCUCCGAGUGGCCAUAAUGUGAUCACUGAUGGGUGCCAAGGAUGGGUGUUUCUGUCCAUGCCAAAACAUUGAUGUAAUGCAUGAAAUCACUUUUCAUGUGUAAGUUCCAGAGCCUGUUGGGAUCAUAUGUAGCAUAAGUAUGGGAACAGUGGACAGCAAUUUUCAUUCAGACCUCUGAUCUUAUUUUGAUGUUAACUCUGAGAAUACUUUGAUAUCCAGAGCAAACUGCCAUAUAAUAACAACUUUUUUGUUGUAUUUGUUGUAUGGAAGUUAUCUCGUCAAAAUAUAGCAAAAUGCUGUGUUAAAUUGGCUGACUGCUCAAAAACUGCCAUAAUUCGAAAGGGUUAAAAAAUGCAACUUAUUUAUCCCAUACACUCAUAUAUAGUACUCUAGGAUUGUACAGUUGCAUUAGAAAGGGCUUUUUGGUGCAACCUUGUUUAAAAAGGUUUGGACAUUGUUGUAGUCCAUGUUGCUGUAUGUUGUUCACUUGUUUACUGAAUGCUGCAUUUUUACAUGUAUGUGAAAAUGUCUUGUUAAUAACGCAGAUGGUAUAAAAGUUUCAUGUGGUAUUAGGCAGUAAAGUUGGGUACAAUCAUCAAAAAGGUGCAAUUUAGCAUUAAACCUUAACCUUGUAUUGUAAAGAUAUAAAUACUUUAAAUAUAUACCUGCUAUCACUGCAUGAUUGUAUUAAACGUUACAUCUUUGUCUAUGUAAGAAAUGGCCACAUUGUAAAGAACAACAGUUUCCUUGUUAAGUACAAGCAACCUUUUUUUUAUUUACUGUGACAUGUUUAUUGGCUCCUAUUUAUUUGGAUGUGCUUUCUGUACCGUUACAUUGUUUUAGAAUAAACACUUCUAAAGCAUGUUUGGAGUUCCUGUAUGUUGGUACAUGUUCUAUGUAGGUCAAGCUGGUAAAAGGGAGUUAAGUUUUUAGUCACAUUUUUUACAUUUCAUAAAUUUUUAAGAGCUUAAUAGGUUGAAUACAUGAAUUGGGGGGUACUCCUAUACAUGAGAGUAGUUGAUGUAUUUAAAACCUGAAUUCAGCAAGGGGAUUCACCAUGAAUCCUGGAAAGAAAAAGCAAUGACAACGACAUAAGGGCCCGCAAACAUUCUGUACUGUGCAUUAAAGAUGGCGAAUUAGGGUCCUUUUGUAUGUGUCCAAUAAAAUGCAGCCUUUGAUGGUCAUCAUACGAGUCAUCACAAAAAUCCUACGGUAAAAAAAUCUACAAUGAAUAUGUGAUGGUGCCUCCAACCAUGAAUUCAAAGUCGCUGUUUUGGGAUGGCUUUGCAAAGCUGAAAAUAAAAAGCUAUGAAUAUCUCCUGA